AUGCGCGAUUUGCACUGGUUGCCUAUCAGGGCACGCAUCAACUUCAAGGUACUUCUCCUCACGUUUAAGGCGUUACAUGGCCUUGCGCCUCAGUAUCUUCGGUCCUUAAUUAGUAUAAAGACAUCAUGCUAUAAUCUCAGGGGUUCUAAUACUCUUCUCCUAGCUAUGCCAUCAGCGAAAUUUAAGGUCACGCUAGGUGAUCGGGCAUUCGCCGUUGCGGCGCCGUCAUUGUGGAAGUCUCUGCCUAGUGAGCUUCGCUCAAUCACAUGUGUUACUAGUUUUAAAACUCAUCUUAAGAUCUAUCUUUUUAGUCUUGCAUAUACUUAA